AUCUACAGAGUACAUACUUUUCUUUAGAGAUACAUACAUACAUCAUACAUACACUACGUACGCUGCUUUGUUUUAGGGAGACUUCCUCUUAUUUUAGAACCGUCGAAAAUUCUGAACGUGGUUUGCUGGCGUGUCCUUGGGUUGAAUGGAGCUAGCUCUAUUACUUCUAACUCAGUCCGUUUGGUAUUAUUUCUCUUUCAACUAUACAACAUCUUAGUUUGUAUGAUGUUUUCUAUUUUCCCGUCAUCCUUCACACGCUCGGGAUAUCGAGUGCUUGCGGCGAUUUUGGUUUUUCUAAUACUCCAGCAGUAUCUUUCUUUUCGCAGGCCGGUUUCUGUAAGCCAGAAAUAUCCUAACCAACAAGAAGACGUUGCGUCAACAUGCGACUCGCUUGAAGCACUCGAUGAUCUUUUCGUAAUUCUCAGGACAGGGGCUUCUGAGGCCCCUAAAAAACUUCCCGUUCAUUUUUCGACUACCCUACGCUGCGUUCCUCACUACGCCAUCUAUUCCGAUUACGAGGAGGAUAUUGAAGGACAUCAUGUCUACAAUGCUUUAGAUGAGAUCAACCCGGAUAUUGUAUCUACGCAUGCCGAUUUCGAAUAUUACCGCCGUCUACAAGAGAAGGGCAGAGAAGCUUUUUCAUCCGAAGAAUUAGAGCAAUGGAGCUCCGCUAAAAAUACAAAUGGUGGACGGGAUACUCCUGGUUGGAGGUUGGAUAAGUGGAAGUUCCUCCCGCUAGCGGAAAAGGCCCUUCGCGAGCGACCCGAUGCGAAGUGGUAUAUCUUCAUCGAGUCCGAUACUUAUAUGCUCUGGCAAACCCUACUAGAAUGGCUUGCCCAUUUUGAUCCUUCUAAGCCACACUACCUGGGCAUGCAGAUGCAAAUUGGCGACGUCGUCUUCGCCUAUGGUGGUGGGGGUUUCGCAAUUUCUAACCCGGCGUUGAAUAUGGUUGUGGCACGUCACAGAGAAAACCUCAAGUUCUACGACGACCUGACUGGCGCUCACUGGGCUGGCGACUGUAUCUUAGGCAAAGCCCUAGCCGAUUCAGGUGUAAAUUUGCUCUGGUCCUUCCCGAAUCUAGCUGGUGACCAGCCCGCUGAUAUGAAUUUCAACUCAUCGUUUGGUGGAUCGAAUAAGACACCCUGGUGUUACUACGCUGCAAGCUAUCACCAUCUUCCACCUGCGGAAUAUCAAAAAUUAGCCAAGUUCGAACAAACUUGGAAUCGGGAAAACAUGUCUCGCCUACGUCACGGAGACGUAUUUAAAUAUUAUGUUUUGCCUCACCUAUCGCCAAACCUUAGUGAUUGGGAUAAUCUAUCAGAUGUUGACCAGGGUUCGGUUGCUUCUUUCGACGAAUGUCGCAACACCUGUGAGAAGCAAUCUGAUUGCGUACAGUUCUCGUUUACAGACCAGUCCUGUAAAACGUCAACGGCCCUUAUUCUGGGACAUCAGAUCUCUAAAGACACUACCCCGCGAGUGAUGUCAGGGUGGGUAAUGGAAAGAGUUAAGGACUACAUUGAACGGAUGGAUACAUAUUGUGACCAUCAAAGUUGGAUAUUACCCUGAAGACGAUUCAGGAUAACGCGUCGUUAGUAUACUAACUUUCCUCGCGACAUAGAGCAUCGGAAUCUCGUAUAUAACCACGUUGGUCGAUUAGGCCACCUUGCGAGAUUCCAGCUAACAGAUUAGAGUGUGCAAUCCUUAUGAGGGUUCGUCACGUCGAUUAUCCAUAGCUCUAUAAGCGCCUGUCACUCGGAAUGUGUAAGGCAAGCAGUUACUAUAUGAGCCCUUAGACUAGUGGUUCAUUUAGAGGUAUAUUUGCUGUAAAUAAGACGGCAUAUAUGGUUUCCAGCGGUGCAUAGUAGAUGGAUAUUUAUAUUUAUAUAGCAAAGUAGUCAUAUAUGAAUCCAACCUGAAAGAUCUGAUAAAUAGAGGUAGUAAU